AGCCCUCACAUAAAUCGUGUUCUUUCUACUGCUAUGGCCAACCAGUUCCUCGGCUCAUCCCUUUUCUCUCUACCUGUUUUCUCCGCCACCAUCGCCGCCGCCGCCGUUACUCCAGACGUAUCUCUUCGUCACCCUCUUUACUACUUUAUCGGUAAUUAAAACAACGGGUGCAAUGGGGGAUGUAAUUGACUUGUCCGGUGAUGGUGGUGUUUUGAAGACUAUUUUAAGGCGGCCAAAGGAUAAUGCUGUCGGCCCGACAGAGGAAUUUCCUUUAGUGGAUGUUCAUUAUGAGGGCAUUCUGGCUGAAACGGAGGAAGUCUUUGAUAGUACACAUGAAGACAAUACUAUCUUCUCAUUUGAGUUAGGAAAGGGCAGUGUGAUCAAGGCAUGGGAUAUUGCAGUCAAAACUAUGAGGGUUGGGGAAAUAGCUAAGAUUACUUGCAAGCCCGAGUAUGCAUAUGGAAGUGCAGGUUCUCCUCCGGAUAUUCCUCCAGAGGCAACAUUAAUAUUUGAGGUGGAGUUGGUGGCCUGCCGACCACGCAAGGGCAUGAGUGCCGGUGGUGCUGCGGAUGAGAGAGCUAGGCUUGAGGAGUUGAAAAAACAGAGAGAGAUGGCAGCUGCGGUGAAGGAAGAAGAGAAGAAGAAGCGGGAGGAAGCUAAAGCAGCAGCAGCUGCUCGUAUCCAGGCAAAGAUGGAUGCCAAGAAAGGCCAGGGGAAGGGAAAGGGGAAAGCAAAAUAGUUCUAGCAAGAGGCAUAGAGCGACGGAAGGCACUAGGAUGUCAAUGGCUUUCGGAACUUGUGCUUUACUAGCUAAUUUAGUCGACUUGUUAGUAAUGGUCAAAAAAUAAUGUAAGCCGUUUUCAGUUAAUAGAUUAAUUUUUCCGAAAUCAAAAUUAAAUUUUGUAAUUUAUGUGAGAACUUUGUAAGAAAGCGACACCAAGCCUAAUCUUCUUCUACAAGUUUAGCUGGUAAAUUUGGAACGAUUAGCUGGUAA